AUGAAAAGAAAAUCGAUAGCAGAGCAAGAAGUCUCGGGUUUGGCCAAUUGUUCUCAGGCCUCCAUAAAGGGUGGAAGAGAGAGGAGACAGAGAGAGGAGGAUGCUUCUUGGCAAGGGUUUGGUGUAAGUCGUUCGAUUGCAGAGAAAGUUCUGCAAGCCUGUUUCUCUUCAGUCUCUCUCUUCCCAAUCAUCCCUCGAUCUUUCUCGUGCUUCACGGACAUACAGAACUCUCUUCCUCCAUUGACGUGGUACACUCGUCUUUCUCUCUCCUCAUUCAUCUGGACGUAAGGGGGAGAUUGGGAUUGGAAACCAGAAAAGCGCCGCUUAUUUAUUGGACUUGGUCUUAUGUCACGAGCUGCUCGGUUUAGUGGGAAAUCUAGGGUUUUCUCUUCACUCUAAUUAUCUUUGACAGGUUCCGCGCUGCUUUGGGUUGAUGGAAGUGAAGGGAGGUUGUGUGGAGGGGGUGUUUUCCUGUGAGCGGUAGAGUUGAGGAUAUAAUUCGGAAGAGCAAGGGGUUUUAAUCUUUCUUUUGGGGUUCUUGGAUUGAUGGGGAAUCGGAUCGGGAAGAGGAGGCAGGUGGUUGACGAGAAGUAUACAAGACCACAAGGGUUGUACCUUCACCGGGAUAUCGACCACAAGAAGCUGAGGAAGCUCAUUCUUGACUGCAAGUUAGCGCCUUGUUACCCAGGAAACGAUGAAUGCAUUUUGGAUCAGGAGGAAUGCCCUAUAUGCUUUCUGUUCUAUCCGAGUUUGAAUCGAUCUAGAUGCUGUUUGAAAGGGAUCUGUACAGAAUGCUUUUUACAAAUGAAGCCACCUCAUUCGUCUCGGCCAACACAGUGUCCCUACUGUAAAACAUCCAACUAUGCUGUGGAAUAUCGUGGCGAGAGGACAAGGGAGGAACGGGGCCUCGAACAAAUUGAAGAACAAAAGGUCAUUGAAGCACAAAUAAGAGUGCGGCAUCGGGAGAUUCAGGAUGAACAUGAAAGAUUAAAGAGAAGGCAAGACUUAAGUUCGUCUAGCAGAGUAGCAGCUUCUGAAGAAGUUGAAUGCCAUGAUGAAACGAACACCUCACUUUCAGUGUCAACGCAUGCAUACCAAGAGCAAGGGUCUGGAUUUGUUUCUUCUCGAAGCUUAUCCUCCAUUCCAGUUGACACUAGAUCCCAUAUUAGACAACGCAGGGAAGAUCACUUUGAUAUGGAUCUUGAGGAUCUUAUGGUCAUGGAAGCUAUAUGGUUGUCAAUUCAGGAACAAGGGGUUCAGAGGAAUCCAUCAUCUACUGGCCUGCAAGACUUUCAUACACCCACUAAGGAUGCUUCUACUUCUUAUGGACUUGCUUGCACAGUUGCAGCACUAGCUGAACGCCAGCUCAUUGAUGGUGGAGAUGCUUCAAGUUUAGAUGCUUGUGCUAGCACACUUUCAAGAGAAGAGAGUGCAGUUAAUAAUCAUCCUUCAGUUGGUUGGCUCGACGCAUCUGAAGGCAGCAGCAGGUCUAUUCCGCCUGGGGACGAUGGCGAGUGUUCCAUUGACAAUAGCUCAGAGGUGGCCGAGGCCGGGACAAGCUACGCUGGCUCUGAUGUCACCAUAGAUACGGCGCGGGGCAUCUCCCUUCGAGAAGAUGUUAACAUGGCAGCAAGUCAUCUCCUCCCCGACAGCUUCGAGGAACAAAUGAUGCUGGCCAUGGCCGUCUCAUUGGCCGAAGCUCGUGCCCGGGCAAGUCCCCAGGGUGUGACCUGGAUGUAGCAGGAGUUAAAUGGUUGCUGUUGAAAAAUUUGCCAUUUAGGCGGCUUCUCUUACUUUUUCUGCAGUCUUUAGCCAGUCUUUGCUCUUUUUUCAUAUAUAUCCUACAUACAGGUUACAGGUAAAACCGCAUAAGCUAGGGGAAGAAAAAGAGAAAACUGUGGGGAUGGAAUUGUGUAAUUUGGUUAGAUAUAUGGAAAGGCGAGGAUUUCUGUCAUUGAGGAAUAAUUCCUUAUUUUGUUCUUUCUCUUCAUUGUAACAAGGAUCUUGUAUUUCUUUAAGUUGAUAGUAGUUAAUAGAUUUGCUGGAAUUUCAUUAGCUUUU